GCAGCGCGUAAAGGCUACAGCGUGUCCCUCGGCGAUUAAUCUGAUCAAUCUAAGUCCUCUUCCUUCAUCUCCAAAUCUAUUUGACCUUCCUCUUCUUUUCUUCUUACUUCCCCUCCUUCCGCUCACUCUGCUCCCACUGCCCUUCUCAUCUCUUUCAGUUAUGGCGUCUUCUGAUAAACCUGAGAUCGUGGAAAGGGGAGAUAAAGAAAAAGACCAAAAGAAAGAUGAAAAUGAAGGGAAGGGUGGAUUCAUGGACAAAGUGAAAGAUUUCAUUCAUGACAUCGGCGAGAAGAUUGAAGAAGCGAUCGGUUUUGGGAAGCCGACUGCAGAUGUCGCUGCAAUUCAUAUUCCAUCCAUCAAUCUUGAGAAGGCUGAGAUUGUUGUUGAUGUUCUGAUUAAAAAUCCUAAUCCUGUUCCCAUUCCCCUAAUUGACAUUGACUACUUGAUAGAGAGUGAUGGCAGGAAACUGAUCUCUGGGUUGAUUCCUGAUGCUGGAACAAUUCAUGCUCAUGGAGAGGAAACUGUCAAAAUUCCUGUGAAGUUGGUUUAUGAUGAUAUAAAGAACACAUAUCAUGACAUUAAACCUGGCAGUAUCAUUCCUUACAGAAUCAAGGUUGAUCUCAUUGUAGACGUGCCUGUUUUUGGGAGACUCACACUGCCACUUGAGAAAACUGGAGAGAUCCCUAUUCCUUACAAGCCCGACGUCGAUAUCGAGAAGAUUCAAUUCGAUAGAUUCUCGUUUGAAGAAACUGUUGCCAUUCUCCACUUGAAAUUGGAAAAUAAGAAUGACUUUGAGUUGGGAUUGAAGGACAUAGACUGUGAAGUUUGGCUCUCUGAUGUUAGUAUUGGACGUGCGGAUCUCUCCGAAUUUACACCCAUUGAUAAAAAUGGGAUAAGUUACGUCGACUUGCCCAUCACCUUCAGGCCUAAGGACUUCGGUUCGGCACUCUGGGAUAUGAUCAGAGGAAGAGGGACUGGCUACACCAUAAAAGGGAAUAUUCAUGUCGACACACCUUUCGGUGAGAUGAAGCUGCCCAUUGUUAAAGAGGGUGGUACUACUCGCCUCAAGAAGAAUAAUGAGGACGGUGACGAGGACGAGGACGAGGAAUAAAUAAAAGAGAAUCAUGUGGAGGAAUAGUGGAUCGUUUUCUUCUUUCCUCUUAUUAGAAAAUGUAUUAUGAUGUUGUUUCAUAAACAUGGUAUGGGAUUGUUACGCCCUACUCUUUUGUUACUCAAUUGUUAUGGUAUUGGCACACGUUGAAUGGUGAGUUUCAUGCUUGUGGAAAAAAGUGAUAUUACUGUUAUCAUCUUUUAUUAGUUCCGGGAU